AUGUCAAUAAAUAUUAGUGAAAGUUCUGGUUCAAAUAACUCUGAUUGGCAUUCUGAUCUUCGUCAUCAGAUUGAAGAGUUAGCUAAUAAAAAUGAAAAUUUGAAACAAUAUUCAUUUUUGGGAGAGAAAACAAAGAAAUUGAAUCAAAUGAUUAUUGAAUUACGUCAUAAAGCAAAUGAUAAUGAAGUUGCUGCUGCUCAGUAUCAUUUAAAAUGUUUAAGAUUUCUUGAUGAUAUGGUUAGAAUAGUCAAUCAGCAUACAAUUAAAAAUAAAUUAAGAUCUCUGUCAACAAGGAGAAGAACAAUUUUUCAAUCUCAAGAUUCUACAGGUUCAAAUCCUCCUGCUGAUAGGUCAUUUAAUUCUUCUGCCUAUUUUUAUGGACCACGUAAAUUUGAUAAAAGUAAUGAUAAAAAUGAAAAAAUUCAAAUUCGUAAUAAUUUUUUAAGAUUAGUAUGUGGAUUAACAGAGGAAGAUUUAAAUGAUGAUUCACAUUCUGAUAAUGGUGUUGAACAAGAUAAGAAACAUGUAAGAGAUUUAUGGAGUACACAAAUUACAUUUUUUUUGUCAUGUUUAGGAUUUAUUAUUGGUGUUGGAAAUACUUUACGUUUUCCCUCCAUGAUAUAUGAAUAUGGUGGUGGUGUAUUUUUUAUUCCAUAUAUAAUUUUUUUAAUUCUUUUUGGAUUUCCUUUAGUUUAUAUGCAUUUAUGUAUUGGACAAUAUAGUGGACUAUCAGCAAGUGGUGCUUUUUCAAAAAUGAUGCCUGCUGCAUCUGGAAUAGGAUGGGGUCUUGUUGUUUUAGCUAUUCCUGUAUGUAUAUAUUAUAAUAUAAUAAUUGCAUGGUCGUUGUAUUAUUUUUGGUAUGCUAUUACAUCACCUUUUUCUGCCUCAUAUACUGAUUUAGCUUGGAAUCAUUGUCAAAAUGAUUGGGUACUUGAUCAUUCAUGUUGUGAUAUUAAAGGAGACCAAAAAUGUUUUUUAAAAAAUGGCUCAAUGACAUCAUCAGAGGCAUUUUUUCAUUUUGAAGUUUUAAAUAGAACAUUAGCUAAUAAUCCUACAUUAGGUGAUGUUCAAAUGCAUACAUUAAUUUGUUUAGGUGUUGCAUGGAUAUUAGUAUAUAUAGGAGUUUCUAAAGGUAUUGGUUCAAUUGGAUGGGCAGUUUCAAUUACAGCAACAAUACCAUAUUUAUUAUGUUUAAUUUUAUUAUUACGAGGAAUAUCACUUCCUGGAUCUGAAAUUGGACUUCGAUUUUUAUUUACAGCUGAUUUUUCUCGUCUUAAAUCAAUUUCACUUUGGAAAGCUGCAGCAGAACAGGUGUUUUAUUCUCUUGGUAUUGAUGCUGGACCUUUAAUUAGUAUGGCUUCAUUCAGUCGAUAUCGUAAUAAUAUUUAUCGUGAUGCUGCUUUACUUGUUAUUCUUGAUACAUUAACAAGUAUUUUAUGUGGAACAAUAAUUUUUAGUUUUUGUGGAUUUUUAGCAAAAAUACAAUCUAAAGAGUUAACUGAUAUAUUAAAAUUAGAACCAUUAUAUAUUUCAUAUACAGUUUAUCCAGGUAUUACAUCAUUCAUGGAAUGGGGUAGUUUUUGGGCAGCUCUUUUUUUUGGUAUGUUAACAUUAUCAGCUUUAGAUGGAGAAUUUGCCUGGUUAGAAAUGAUUGCCAGUUCAAUAAUGAAUUUAUUUGGUUUUAAAGAACAUAAAAUAGAAAGCCGAUUACAUCUUUUUAUGUGUAUAUUAUUUUUUCUCUUGGGUAUACCAUUAACAUGUCGUGGAGGAAUUUUUAUUUUUCAUGCAUUAGAAAAAUUAAAUGCUAAUUGGAAUGCAUUUUCAUUAUCUUUAAUUCAAGUUAUUUUAGUUUGUUAUGUGUAUGGUGUUGAUAAAUUUCAGGAAGAUAUACGGGAAAUGCUUCGUAUAUCAGAUAAUGAUGAAGAAAUACGAACAAUUCCUUAUGUUGCAAUUAGAAAAUGGAAACAAUUUAAAUUAUUUAUUGGACCAACAGGAAAUUAUAUUAAAUAUUCAUGGUCAAUUUUUUCACCUUUAAUAUUAUCAUUUUUAUUAAUUGCAAGUAUAUGGAGAUAUGAAAGAGUAACAUUUAGUAAUCGUCCUCUUCCAAUAUACUAUGAAUUAAUUGCUUGGAUUUCAAUGGUUGGUCCACUUAUAAUUGUUCCAAUUAUAUUUUUUUAUCAUAUUAGAAAACUUAGAAAAGAAGGGAAAAUGUUAUCAUAUAUUUUUGAUACUUCUAAUUGGAGGGCAGAAGAUGAUAAUAUUUCUGUUAACUAUUUUGACGAUAAAAGUGAGGGUAGUUUUUCUAAUAUUGAUCCUAUUUCAAGAAAUGUUUCUGUGAAAUCAAAUGUUUUUCCUUCUACAUCUGUUAUAGCACAAAGAAUAUUUAAAUAUCCACCACAUGUUCCUCCUUCAACAAUACAUGAAGAAACAGGUUCUCAUAUAAGUGGUGAUGAAACACUUAAUGGUUCUAAAUUAAAAAAGAAUUCAUCAUUUUCUAUUAUAUCUGAACUUAAAAAAACAACUUUAGAACCUAUUCCGUCAUAUGUAAAUGAUAAUAUCGAGGAAGAAGAUAAUAUUUCUGAAGAUUCUAAUAGAAUACCAGGAAGAUUAUCAGAUUGGUUAAAAAAGAAUGAACAUCAAACAAAACCAGGAUUAAUUUUGUUUCCUAAAGUUUCUAAUCAAGUAUCUAAGAAUUCAUGUGAUAUCAUUAGUGAUAAAAUAGAAAAUACAGGUAUUCUUUUUGGUCCCCCACCAACAAGAAGUUCAGUGCCUUCAUCAUCAAUAAUUUCUCAAAGUACAUGGAAAAGUUUACAAAAUGACAAUACAAAAAAUAAAUGUUUUGAAAAAAAUCAAUCGUUCAUUUCAGAAACACCAUCUGAUAAUGAACCUUCAACAUCUUCAAAAAAAAAAUUAAGCAAACAGAAUAAGGUUAAUGAAGAAAGUAUAAAUGUUUUUAAUGAGAGUAGUGAAACAAACCAACAGCGAGAAAAAAACAAAUUACAAGAUAUUAUCUAUGAAAAAAAUAUAACUAAUGUAAAUAUUGAUGAUAAUUCUGAGUUUGCAAAAUCACUACUAUUAAAGAAAGAAGAAAUUCCAUUAAAAACAAAACAUACUAUAAAAUUAAAAAGACCAAAACCAAUAGAAACACCAGUACAAUUGUUAUAA